AUGAAGUACGCGCUCGCGUUAUUGUCGGUUUUUCCCAUGGCCCUUGCCGGAGAUUGGUGUAAUUACGGCUGGAGUGCGCCAUCAAACCCGAAGUCUUUACUCGACUCAGCAUGCAAGGCAUCAGACAUGCACUACUAUUGCUGUACCGAGCCAGGCACCCUAGGCGAAAAUCCCAAUCCUAAGGAUUUCCCUAUUUGGAGGGGAAACUGUGUCUUUGCUGAUCGACAAGGUUUCUCGCCAUGUUCAGAUGGAGGGUGUACCUAA